GCCAGAGAGAGAGUGGGGAGUUUUCAAUGACAGCUCCAAACUUCAGCCUCGUAUCAGGAGUGGAUCUGUGCGCGCAGCGGAUUCGGUUCCUCUUUGCGCAUGCCCUGAUUGUCACUUCUGCGUUAAGACAUCACCUAUUUUCUUUUCCGCCCUGUGCGUGAUUCAACUCACACACUGCAAAUGAGCGCACGUCUCAGCUUGUGCGAGGUUCAUCAUCACCAGGAGCAGCAGGAGAAAUAGAGGAGGACCUUUUAAGGAGCAGCAGCGGAGGGGAAAGUGGACUGAAGUGCCUGUUGCGCACAGGAGAGUGUGAUUUCCUACUUUUUGUCAAUCCUCGGACUUUAUUAAGUUCAGAGGAAGUCAUGACUUCGGUUUGGAAGAGACUUCAGCGCGUUGGUAAAAAGGCGUCAAAGUUUCAGUUCGUCGCUUCCUACCAGGAACUGGUGUUGGAGUGCAACAAGAAAUGGCAACCGGACAAGCUGAGGGUGGUGUGGACCAGGAGGAACAGACGCAUGUGUUCCAAGCUCCACAGCUGGACGCCUGGAAUCAAGAACCCCUACAGGGGCACGGUGGUGUGGCCGGUCCCAGAGAACAUCGACAUCUCUGUGACACUCUUUAAGGAGGCCAACGCUGAUGAGUUUGAGGACAAGGAGUGGACCUUUGUCAUUGAAGGUGAGAGCAAGGGGCAUCGUAAGGUGCUGGCGUCUGCUGACAUCAACCUGAAGCGGUUUGCCAGUCCCACGCCGACGCAGAUUGACCUGACGCUGAAGCUGAAGCCGCUGUCCGUCAAGGUGGUGGAGGCCACGCUCAAGCUCUCGCUGUCGUGUGUCUUUGUUCGUGAGGGAAAAGCCACUGAUGAAGACAUGCAGAGUCUGGCCAGCCUGAUGAGCGUGAAACCCUUAGACAUCGGUAACAUGGACGACUUCAAUGAGAGUGAUGAAGACGAGGACAAGAAGUCCGUCACUGCGUCAGUUCCACACACUCUCAUCCGCCCAAAUCGCCCCGCUCCCCCUCCGCCGGACAAGCGACACUCCACAGGAGCUUCACUUCCAUCCUCAGUCUGUGGACGAGAUGGCGGUCCUCCCAGUCCUGCCAUCCACUCUCGCCCUCCCCUACCGAUCACACCUCGCCCCUCACCCCGCCGCUCCCGACACUCCCUCACCACAACCCCUGUCCAAUCAGAGAUCCAACCUUCCCCUGGCCCCUCCCCUCAGCCCUCGCCCAGGUCCAAGCAUCAGAAACUAACCAAUCCCGUUGCUCCUGAGCCUCCUUCUUUAGCUCAUCCACAACCUCCAGGUCCGCAGGUCCCAGCAGCUGCUCCCUCAACCCAGAGUCCAUCCCCCGUUCAGCCACUCUCUGAUGUGUCUCCUGCAACUCCUCCAUCACCCAAAUCCACCUCCAUAACCCCCCCUACUACUUCUCCCCUUCCUCCAUCUCCCACAUCCUCCACAUGUGUGUCCACUACAGCUUCAGUGGAGCCUCCCCCAAAUCUUCAUCCAAUCAGCAUACCUGCAACAGGCAUUACUACUUUAACCCCCAAACCAGCCUCAACUGCGACGUCACCCACUGACAUUACCAUAACCUCAUCUUCAUCAGCUCCCCUAAAGUCCUCUCUCAUCUCUUUGACCCAUAAACCCGUCUCUGCUGCCUCUCAGCCUCUCCCUUUCAAAUCCACCUCACCCUCAAACUCCACCCUGUCCUCUGAGUCCACAUCCACUCGCCCUCCGCUCGCCCGGACCCUCUCUGAUCCACCUUCUCUGCCCAGAAUCUUCCAGUCAGGUUCAGCGAAAGUUCCUGCUUCAUAUCAACGGCGCCCCCCAGAGGCUCAAGCUGUAGAUGAUUCUACUUCAGCGAUUGUUCGUUCCCAUAUUUUCAAACCUCAGCUUGUCAAGUCAAUCGCCCGCCCUUCUUCUCCCUCACCCUUUUCUGCUGAUGCACCUCCCCUGGCUUCAACACCUCCCGUCCCCAAACCUCACCCCUCUGGCUCAGCGUCAGGUGCUCAGGGGAAGUGGCGGGCAUCUGACUCUGCCCCGAUCAUAGGAGACAUCGCCCCUGUCCCUCUGCAGAGCAGCCCUGAUCUUGAUGCUCUCUGUGACCCGGUGGCUCCAGCUCUCCCUGCCUCCCUUUCUCGCUCCUCACCUCCUCGCUCCUCUUCUCUUUCCACCUCUGUUUUACUCUCCUCUCCUCACCCUCCAUCCGCUGUGUCUCCUUCCGCUCCUUCUGCUCAGGUCGGCUCAGGCUUAACGUUCCCCCUCGCUCAAGCAGACAAGGAAACGAGUCGGAGCCCUCUAAGCCGAGGGGAAGAGGCGGCUAACAUCAGGAUAUCCAACCAGCAAAUCAGACCAGACCAGGACUCAAAGGCGGCCGUCACAGAAAACAAAGCUGAGCCAGGAAGGAUCAGUCCUGCCCAAUCCCGCUCUGAGCUGAUCGUAGCCCCGCCCCCUCCAUGGCCCUUCUCAUGCAGUGAGAGCUCCACCAAUCAGCAGCCCUCCACCAACGUUGUGGCUGCUUUUAUCACUCACAGGCAGCCAAAUGCUCAGAGGGUUAUUGAUUUGAAAAAGCCAAUCGAUGAAACGCAGAAUGUAAUCUGCGCCAUUAAGGCCAAAAAGCCGCCAUUGGCACAGCCUGAGCCCGAGCUUGACCUUGACAGCGUCAUUUUUGAGCCGUUUGACCAGAGACAUGAAUCAGGGAGCUUGUUUCUGGAAGAGGAUGAUUCUAAGCGGGAUACUAUCAAAAGGUGUCCUCCAGGUUUCGAACAAAAAGCAAAAGAAAAGACCUGUGGAGAAAAGACAGAGCAGUUAGAGGGAGCAGCAACGCAGAGGGAGGAGAAGAUGAGGGCCGAACAGAGCGUAAAAGAAAAACAAGAGGAGGAACGGAGGAGGAAGGAGGAAGAGGAAAAAGCAGUGCUCCUGAAACAGGGGCAGGAGGAGAGGAAAAAACAUGAGGAAGAGAGAAAGAGACUGUUAGAGGAGGAGAAGAAGAGGCUGUUGCAAGAGGAGGAGGAGGGGAAAAAAGAGAGGGAAAGGAGGAAACGCGAGGAGGAGAGACUCUUGAAGGGGAAGAGAGAUAAACAGGAAAAUCAGCUGAGAGAGGAAGAGGAGAAAAGAAAGCGGGAGGAAGAGGAGAGGAAGAAAAGAGAGCAGGAGAGGAGACUCCUGAAGGCGGAGGAGGAAAAGGAAAAACUUAAAAGGGAGGAGGAGAGGAGAAGUGAGAGAGAGAGAUUCAUGAGAAAGAUGAAGGAGGAGGAGGAGAAGAGGAUGGAAGAGUGGAGAGUGCUUGAGGAGCAAAGGAGGAAGAGGGAGGAAGAGAAAAAGAAGCUCCUGGAGGAAGAGGAGAGGAGGAAACUGGAUGAGAAAGCUCUGAAGGUGGAGCAACAUAAAAUUAAGGAGGAGAAGAAAAUCAUAGAAACAGAGGAGAGAGAAAGGAGAGAAAUGGAAGUAAAGGAGAGACAUCUCAAGGAGGAGAAAGAGAAACUCCUUGAGGAGGAGAAAAAGAGGAGGGAAACAAAGAAAAAAGAGGAGGAGGAAAGGCAGAAAAGAGAAGAAGAAAAAAGACAUGAAGAGGAGGAGGUGAAGAGGAGUAAAGAAAAACUGUUGAAGGAGCAGAGAGAAAAGGAAAGGUUGCAAAAAGAUGAAGAGGAGAGAAGGAGGAAGGAAGAGGAGGAGAAAAAAGUCAAAGAAGCAGAGGAGAGACGAAAGAGGGAAUUGGAAGAAAAGGAGACACUCGAAGAGAAAGAAAGGAUGGAGAGGAAGAAAAAAGAAGAGGAGGAAAGGCGGAAAAGGCAUGAAGAGGAGGAGGAGAAGAGGAAAGAAAGGCUCUUAAAAGAACAGAGAGAAAGGGUGCAAAAAGAGGGAGAGGACAUGAGGAGGAUGGCAGAGGAGGAGAAGAAAGUCAAAGAAGCAGAGGAGAGCAGAAAGAGGGAAGUCGAAGAAAAGGAGAGACUUCUCAAAGAAAAACAGAAUGAGAGACUCUUAAAGAUGGAGAGGGAAAGGAUGGAGAAAAAGAAAAAAGAAGAGGAGGAAAGGCAGAAAAGAGAAGAGGAGAAAAGACGUGAAGAGGAGGAGAAGAGGAGGAAAGAACGACUCUUAAAGGAGCAGAGAGAAAAAGAAAGGAUGCAAAAAGCUGAAGAAGAGAGGAAGAGGAUGGAAGAGAAGGAGAAGAAAGUCAAAGAAGCAGAGGAGAGAAGAAGGAGGGAAGUGGAAGAAAAGGAGAGACUUCUUGGAAAGGCUCUAAUCUUCAGUCCAGACGCCAACAGAUCAGACGAGGACAAGCAGAAGAUGAGAACUCUGGUUUCCUCUUCAUCUCCUCCUUUAUCAGUCUCUCAGUUAAACACACACCUCACGCCCACACCUCCUCCUGGUCUCCCUCUCCCUGCUCCCCCCAUCCCUCCUGAGAACAAAACCACUGUUACAUCUGAGGAGCUGCCGUCACAAAUUCUCCUCCAGGGCUCUGCCUCCAUUAACACCAGCACAGACCGUCUGGGGCAACUCUCCCUCGUCGAGGAAGGUUCACUGUCGAACACAGUUGUCCCAGAAAACAAAAUAUCUUCUGCAUGUGCUCCAACUGCCAUCCAUUCAGGCCCCACUGCUCAGGAUAAACCAGUCACAUCAGAGGACUCGACCCUGGUGCCUCCACCAAACGGUCUGUGUGAUGCAGAGAUUCCUCUGUGGAACGUGCUAGAAAGUAGAAGUGGGAAAGAUUCACCUGAAACAAUCUCUGCAAAGGACGGUACAAAACCUUUGUGCAGAGGCUCAAACAGAGAAGAUGUUGCUGAGGUGGACGCCCCUGUCGCUCAAAAGGCCCAGCCAAUCACAGCCAAAGACUCAGAACCACCUCACGUAGAACCACCUCCUGCUCGACCUGGUGCACCAUCCGUUACAGAGGAGCCCAAAGAGCCAGCGGGACCCUGCAUGGAACCAACAGCCUCUUUCAAGGUUUCCCCCAAACCAGGCGGCGAGCGCACGGCCUUGGCCUUGGAGCCACUGCUGCCCUUAAAGCCAGAACCAGGAUUGCGGACGGAACCGGUCCUACAGCCGUCGGGUAAACCACAAGAGGAGGCAGCAGAUGAGGAGAAGCCAGCAGGCAGCUCUGCUGGUGGUGAGGAGAGUUUGGUUGACUAUAAGGAGCCAGUGUGCGCUGCGGAGAAGCAGCUGUGGGCAGCUGUGGAGGAGACCACAGCGGAGACAGGAGGAGACAAUGCGAUGGAAAGCAGUGAGAGCACUGAAAAGAAGAUUGAGCAGGAGAAGAGGGAGGAAGGUGCAACAGGGGGUGCACACGCAGAGGCAGGUAUGUAUGUCGCAGAAGAGGAGAAGGAGGCGUCUGCUGGCUUCAUGUCAGCAGUCGUCGGGGUGUUGUACAGAGGCUACGAGACAGUGACCUCCCUCCUGCACACGACUGGAUCCGCUGAUGCAGAACAUGCAGGGAUGAAGUCUUCCUCUGAGCCAGAUGAGGAUCCACUGGUUGCCGUUGGAGUGGGCAUUUCACCACCCACAGCCUUCUCUGACGUAGCUGAAAAUCGGACUAUUAGUGAAGAGAAGGAAUUGGCUCAGAAAGUGGAGUGCUUGACUUCAGUGGAGCCACGUGGGCUAAGUCUGGUGGCAAGUCUGCGACUGGCAGCCAGUGAGCAGGAGAAAAAUAGAGAGCAGGAGAAGGAGAAGAGGGAGAAAGAAAAGAUAGAGAACUUGGAGAGGGCCAGGAAGGGGAGAGAAAAGGCAGAUAGGGAAAAGGAGGAAAGAGAGAGGUGGGCAAUGGAGAAAGAAGAGAUGGAGAGGGAGGAGAGGGAAAAGGCAGAAGAAAGAAAGAGGUUGGAAAAGGAGAGGGAGAAGCAGGAGAGGGAAGAGAAAGAAAGGGUUGAGAGGGAAAUGAAAGUAAGGGCUGAGAGGGAAAAGGAGGAGAAACAGAGGCUGACAAAGGAGAAAACAGAGAUGGAGAGGAAGGAAAGGGAAAAGAUGGAGAGGGAAAAGGCAGAAGAGAGAAAGAGGUUAGAAAAAGAGAGAGAGAAGCUGGAGAGGGAAGUGAGGGAAAAGGCAGAGAGGGAAAUGAAGGUGAGGAUUGAGAAAGAAAAGGAGGAAAGAGAGAGGCUGGCAAAAGAGAAUUCAGAGAUGGAGAGGAAGGAGAGGGAAAAGAUGGAGAGGGAAAAGGCAGAAAAGAAAAAGAGGUUGGAAAAAGAGAGGGAGAAGCUGGAGAGGGAAGAGAAAGAAAGGGUUGAGAGGGAGAAAGAGGAAAGAGAGAGGCUGGCAAAGGAGAAAGCAGAGAUGGAGAGGAAGGAGAGGGAAAGGAUGGAGAGGGAAGAGAAAGAAAGGGUUGAGAGGGAAAUAAAAGUGAGGGCUGAGAGGGAAAAGGAGGAAAGACAGAGGCUGGCAAAGGAGAAAGAGGAGAUGGAGAGGAAAAAGGCAGAAGAGAGAAAAAGGUUAGAAAAAGAGAGGCAGAAGCUGGAGAUGGAAGAGAAAGAAAGGGUUGAGAGGGAGAAGGAGGAAAGACAGAGGCUGGCAAAAGAGAAAGAGGAGAUGGAGAGGAAGGAGAGGGAAAGGAUGGAGAGGGAAAAGGCAGAAGAGAGAAAGAGGUUGGAAAAAGAGAGGGAGAAGCUGGAGAGGGAAGUGAGGGAAAAGGCAGAGAGGGAAAUUAAAGUGAGGAUUGAGAGGGAAAAGGAGGAAAGAGAGAGGCUGGCAAAGGAGAAAGCAGAGAUGGAGAGGAAAGAGAGGGAAAAGGAAGAAGAGAGACGGAGGUUGGAAAAAGAGAGGGAGAAGCUGGAGAGGGAAGAGAAAGAAAGGGUUGAGAGGGAAAUGAAAGUGAGGGCUGAGAGGGAAAAGGAGGAAAGACAGAGGUUGGCCAAGGAGAAAGAGGAGAUGGAGAGGAAGGAGAGGGAAAAGAUGGAGAGGGAAAAGGAAGAAGAGAGAAAGAGGUUGGAAAAAGAGAGGGAGAAGCUGGAGAGGGAAGAGAAAGAAAAGGUUAAGAGGGAAAAGGAGGAAAGAGAGAGGCUGGCAAAGGACAACGCAGAGAUGGAGAGGAAGGAGAGGGAAAAGAUGGAGAGGGAAAAGGAAGAAGAGAGAAAGAGGUUGAAAAAAGGGAGGGAGAAGCUGGAGAGGGAAGAGAAAGAAAGGGUUGAGAGGGAGAAAGAGGAAAGAGAGAGGCUAGCAAUGGAGAAAGCAGAGAUGGAGAGGAAGGAGAGGGAAAAGGAAGAAGAGAGACAGAGGUUGAAAAAAGAGACGGAGAAGCUGGAGAGGGAAAAGGAAGAAGAGAGACAGAGGUUGGAAAAAGAGAAGGAGAAGCUGGAGAGGGAAGAGAAAGAAAGGGUUGAGAGGGAAAUGAAAGUGAGGGCUGAGAGGGAAAAGGAGGAAAGACAGAGGUUGGCCAAGGAGAAAGAGGAGAUGGAGAGGAAGGAGAGGGAAAAGGCUGAAGAGAGAAAGAGGUUGGAAAAAGAGAGGGAGAAGCUGGAGAGGGAAGAGAAAGAAAAGGUUAAGAGGGAAAAGGAGGAAAGAGAGAGGCUGGCAAAGUACAACGCAGAGAUGGAGAGGAAGGAGAGGGAAAAGGAAGAAGAGAGAAAGAGGUUGGAAAAAGAGAGGGAGAAGCUGGAGAGGGAAGAGAAAGAAAAGGUUAAGAGGGAAAAGGAGGAAAGAGAGAGGCUGGCAAAGGAGAAAGAGGAUAUGGAGAGGAAGGAGAGCGAAAAGGAAGAAGAGAGAAAGAGGUUAGAAAGAGAGAGGGAGAAGAUGGAGAGGAAGGAGAGGGAAAGGAUGGAGAGGGAAAAGAUGGAGAGGGAAAAGGAAGAAGAGAGAAAGAGGUUGGAAAAAGAGAGGGAGAAGCUGGAGAGGGAAGAGAAAGAAAAGGUUAAGAGGGAAAAGGAGGAAAGAGAGAGGCUGGCAAAGGAGAAAGAGGAUAUGGAGAGGAAGGAGAGCGAAAAGGAAGAAGAGAGAAAGAGGUUAGAAAGAGAGAGGGAGAAGAUGGAGAGGAAGGAGAGGGAAAGGAUGGAGAGGGAAAAGGCAGAAGAGAAACAGAGGCUCGAAAAAGAGAGGGAGAAGGUGGAUAGAGAGGUGAGGGAAGAGAAAGAAAGAGUGGAGAGGGAAAAGAAGGAAAGAGAGAGGUUGGCAAAGGAGAAAUCAGAGAUGGAGCAGAAGGAGAGGGAACGGAUGGACAGGGGAAAGGCAGAGGAGAGAAAGAGGUUGGAAAAAGAGAGGGAGGAGUUGGAGAAGCGGCAAAGGGAAGAUAGGGAAAAGGCAGAGAAAGAAAGGGAGCAGCGGAGGGCAGAUGAGGAAGAAAAGAAAAAUGAAAUGGCAAAAAAGAAGAUGGAAGAGGAGAAGAGCAGAAAGAAAGAGCAAGAGAAGAUGGUGGAGAGGGUUGAUAGGAGCAAAGGAAUGAAACCACAACAGAGACAAGAGUUAGCCUGUGACUCAGUGCAAAGCAGACAGGAAGUUGUGAGCUUCCAAUCAGCUGAGUGGCCUCCACUGAGAGAAGCAGACCUGGAUGAUAUCGCAUAUGAUGAUGAUGAUGAAGAGGAGUCAGAAAAAAAAAAAUCUGAUCCCAAAGCUGAAAUCAAACUGCUCUCCACCAGACCAGCUGACUCUGCCCCUGCAGCCGGACCAACAAAUAAAUCUGACCUCAGAUCAGGCAGACCUGAAGACCGUGAUACUGCUGUCAAGAAUUCCCUGAGUGAUUCACGUCCCAGACCAGUUAAACCAGUCAAAGCCAACAUUCAACUGGCUUCCAUCCCGGAGUGGAUGAGGGAGGAGGAGAGCGAGGAGGUGGAGUACGAGAGAGGCCACGAGGAUCUCGGCACCAUCUGGCUGGCUGAGCUGUACAUGGAGGGGGAAGCGGGCCCAGGACAGCCACCCUCCGCUGUAACCCAGAAGCCCUCCCCUCUGCCCUUCAGGGAACAAGCCCGUCACCAGACCUCUGUGACCGGUCAGGCCAACCAUCCAAUUGAGAUGAGGCCUAAAUCUUCUUCCCAACAAAACGAGCCCCUUCAUCCAAGCGCAAACGCAACCGGCAAUAACUCUGACUUGAAACACAGCAAGAUAAACGUUGACACGCACAUCAGCAAGACACAUGAUGACCCAAGGAAACCCUUAGAAUCACUCAUGAGUCUUGAAACGAGUGAAGUUAAACACGUGAACCAUUCCAAGCGCUUAAGUGAGCAUCCCACAGAGAACGAGAGCACACGGAUGGACGACCGACACACUUCGACCCCAGAUCAGAAUGACCCCGUCAAAGCCAAACAGCUCCAGGAGGAGGAGGAGUUCCUGUUAGCCAAACUCCGUCUGCUGACCGGUGGUGACACGUCCCCAGUCGCCGGCGCUCGCAUUAUGAAACGUCUCGUCCCCGCCCCCGGGGAUAUCGAGUGUGACGCCACAGAAAACCCCCCUGAACGUAUUGAUCAGAAUCAGAUCUCAUUUAACCGCAGCUGUGGCGGCUUGCAGGAAAUAUCUCUAACUGAGACAGAGGAGCCACUGAGAGGGAAGCGUGUAGACACGUCCAGCACAGACACACACAACCCUCCUGCCCAUUACUCUGAGAUGCAGACAUCUUGGCUUCCUACAUUACUAGAAGAGGAAACCGCGGAUAUCAAAACACCUGAUCCAGUUUCAACAGUAAGACAGGAGGCCGAUGGGAAGGACGACUCCGCUGAGGAGCUGGUGAACUCCAGCCAGUCGCUGCUGCAGUGGUGUCAGGACAUCACCAGCCAGUACCGGGGGGUAAAGGUCACAAACUUCAGCACGUCCUGGAGGAACGGCCUGGCCUUCUGUGCCCUCCUGCAUCACUUCCACCCAGACAAAAUAGAUUUUGACCGGUUAAAGCCACAUGACAUCAAGCUCAACAACAAAAAGGCGUUUGACGGUUUCGAGGCGCUGGGCAUCUCGCGGCUGCUGGAGCCGUCCGACAUGGUUCUCCUGGCCGUCCCCGACAGGCUCAUAGUGAUGACCUACCUCAGCCAGAUCCGCUCGCACUUCACCAACCAGGAGCUGAGCGUGCUGCAGAUCGAGCACAACAGCAGCCAGUCCAGCUACGGCCUGGCCCCCUCUGGCCCCGUCCCCACCAACGUCGAUGCUGCCGCUUUCUGCAUGGCCAGACUGAACGAAGGAGUGAGUCUAGAGGAAGGGGGAAGCAGCACACUGGUCGUCCCGCCUCCGAGGACCAAACGACUAGUUAAAGGUGACGAGUCAAUAUCCCCUGUCGCACCCCCAAGAUCUAUCACCAAGACGGUCACAUCUGGAUUCACUCAGGAUGAAGACACAAUGACAAACACGAAGAAAACAGAGAUGCAAACAGCUGCAGGGACAGAGCCUCCAAAACAAGACGCUGAAACCAUGUGUUUGCAGGACACAAGUCAGUAUGUGCUGAGUGAGCUGGCAGCGUUGGAGACGGAGCAAAGGCACAUCGACAGCAGAGCCGCUGUGGUGGAGCGACGACUUCGGAGCCUCAUGGAAACAGGAAGUGACCGUGAUGAAGAGGAGAGACUGAUUCAGGAGUGGUUCAUGCUGGUGAACAAGAAGAACGCUCUGAUACGCAGACAGGACAACCUGGAGCUACUGCAAGAGGAGCAGGAUCUGGAGCGGAGGUUUGAGCUUCUCAACAGAGAACUGCGGGUCAUGAUGGCUAUAGAAGAGUGGCAGAAGUCGUCCACUCAGCAGCAGAGGGAGCAGCUGCUCCUCCAGGAGCUGGUGUCUCUGGUCAACCAGCGGGACGAGAUCAUCAGAGACAUCGACGCCAAGGAGAGAGGGGCAAUGGAGGAGGAUGAGCGGCUGGAGCGUGGUCUGGAGAUGAGGAGGAGAAAAUACAGCAACAAAGACAAAUGUGUCCUGCAGUGAGAAGACUUAAUGCCUUGAUUUUCCCUAAGAGCUUCCAGAUUGGGGCUGAAAACGUUUUGUUUAUUCAGUUUAACUUUUUUUUUAGCCUGUCUUCUGGUAAUGAUAUUAUUUUGAUUCUAUUCACCUGUUUUUAUUUAUUUAAAUGAUGUGCCUUUAUUUUAAUUGUUGUACAUCUGUUGCACACGUGUUGUUUUUGUGUGUUUGUGUGUAUAUUAUGCUGUGUUCAUUCAGUAUUUAAACACUGGGUUUUCCUGUUAUCGUGGCCACAAGAUGUUCAAAUCAAAACGGAAAUGUGCCAAAUCCUUCAUGAUAAACAGUUUACAGUUUCUUAUCAUAAAUGCACAUUCAAAAAAAAAUCUGUAGAAUUUUUGUUAGUAAUAUCCGUUUCUGUUUUUCCACCUUGAGAAAUAUCUGCGGACACUCCAAUUACAUUUCAGAUACACACAUUGUAAGUGAGAAAUCCUGAGCUGGACUCAAACCCACAACGUUGUUUGAUGCCAACGUCACAUUGUGAUAAAGUCUGAAACCAUUUCCACUUAUUGCCAGAAUAGAAUCAUUCUUUUCAUUAGAAGUGAGAGGUUUAUAAAGUGUUUCUACACGUUAAAGAUGCCUGAUGUAGUUUCAAGUUUAGAGUAUUUAUUUUACACCAUGAGUGCCUUGAAUAAACCAGUGUGGUUGAACUGCUUUAUUCACAGAAACUAUCCUGUUCCUUCAUUUCUGUGUCGUGUUGACUGCUGUGUGCCUGCUGUUUAGGAGCUGUGCUGAUAGAGUGGUACUUAAAGUGGCUUCACAUCACCACUGUGUGCCCAUCACACUGUAUAUUUAUGUUGAUGAUGUUGAUAAUUAUGAUGAACAAUUAUAAUAAACAUUGGUUGGUUGCUCA